AUGGAUGCAAUGCCAAAUAAUAAUGGGAAUGGAAAUGUACAAUUAAGAAAUAAUCAAGAUGUUCAUACUAUUGGUGAUAUAAAUUCUAAUAUCAAUAUGCCUUUAAAUAAUUCAAGACCAAUUAAUAAUAAUGAAAGGUUUAAUAAUGGAACAAAUAUAAAUAAUCAAACUUCUGAAAAUAUGCGUUUAGAAGAAGCCCCACCUAACACGCCAACUACGCCGACCACUAGAAACAAUGGUCGCCCCAGUACUUUUUCAUUACUCUCAAUGAUAGCUGGGAUAAUCUUAAAUCAACUGACGGGAUAUCGAUCCCCUAAUGUACCAAGUUACAUCCUGAAUAACAACCUGAAUUUCCCAACUCGUAUUAAUAUGGGUUAUAAUGCUAUAAGAGGAUUAACUGAAAAUAAUACGUUAGGAAUGAAUCAAAGGCAUGUAACCGAAACACCAAAUUUGCCUUAUCCGGUUGAAAUUCAAAACAAUAAUGAAUCAGAAUCCUCUAAUGUACUUAAUUGUGGAAAUGAGAGAAGCAAUAAUGAUUCAUCUGGAACUGCAACUGGAACUGAAACUACAACUGGAACUGCAACUGGAACUGUAUCGGGAACUGAAACUGGAACUGCAUCGGGAACUGCAUCUGAAAAUUUGUCGAGAAAUGCAACUGAGAAUUCCGAAGAAAUGCCAAUAAACCGCUUACCUAUUUCAGAUAGGGAAUACAUACUUACGUUAGAAAACAAUUUGGGUUUUGCAAACCAAUUAAAUCAAACAAAUUUACGUGGUGCUAGUACAUUUGUUAAUCAAGAGAGUUGUGGUGGGGAUAACGGGUUCUCAGAGUUGAGUCGCAUUUUGGAGGGUGACUAUGCUUAUAAUCAUGAUACAGAUCGUUUUGAAUAUAUCCAUCCACCAGAAUAUAGUGAUAUAGAGUUAACACCAAUAAGUUCUUUAACAUUAUCGAGAAAUUUAUAUGAUGAUUAUGAUAGUGCAAUAUUUGCUGAUAAAUAUUUGAUCGAGCAUAGAGGAACUUUAAAUGAUCCAUCGGAUUCAGAUGAAUAUGAUGCUGAAGAAUAUGAACUGAUGCAAGCACGAAGAAAUGUAAAUACAAAUCGUGUGCCUAUUGCUGAUGUAUAUGGAAGAGCUAGAUUUACUUUUCACGAUCAAAUAAGUAAUAAUAUGUCACGUAGUUACUCUGAUAUUUAUGACGAUGAUUUAUUUUUUCAUUACGAUAGAGAAUAUGAUACAAGAGAUGGAACUAUAACUAGUAAUCGAUACGGUUAUAUUAAUCGAAAUUAUGGAAAUAACAUCUAUGACGAUGAAGACGAAGAUGAAGAUGAUGGUAAUGACCUUUAUAACAUUUUACAAUUUUCUUAUCCAAGAGGUGGUAAUUCAGCAUAUAGGAGUAAUCGUGCAUAUUCUUUAAACGAUGCUUUGGAUUAUGAUAGUAUGUAUGACGAUUAUGAUGAUGAUGGUAUGUAUCUAUCAGGUAAUUCAUAUCCAUCACGUUCUAUGAGUUAUGAAACCCUUUAUAGAAAUAGUAUGGUUUUGAGACGUUCACCAACUGAAGAAUUAACUUCUGAUGAUACUACUCAAGAUAACUUGCCUCUCAAUAAUUCAUCAUCAACCAAUACACCAUUAAAUAAUAGUGAUGUUAAUAAUGAUACUCCAGUAAAUGAUGAUUUAUUUGAUGAAAUAAAUUUAGAUGAUGAACCUACGGAUACUUUAAAUUUUGGUGAAUUAAGAUUUGAUGAUACUACUAUUAAUGGAACUUCAUUUAAUAAUGAUAUUUUUCCUCGAGAUUCGUUAAGAGAUUUAUCUUAUGAUACUUUAAAACCUAUAGAUAUGUAUUCUAACGAAGAUUCAAGUGAUGAUGAAGAAGAAGUUGGUCCUAGUACAUCUGCAUCUACUUCUAAAGAUUUAUAUGGCAGUGAUGAUAAAUAUAGAUUGGAAAUCCAGGGUUUACUUGAUGAUCACCUUAAUUCACAAUACUCAGAUGAUGAAACUGAUGAAUUAGAGUAUUUUGACACAAUUUCAAAUUUUGAUUAUAAUACUGAUGAGGAAUAUUUUUCAUCUGUUGAAGAUCAUGAAGAUGAUGACGACGAAGAAUUAGAACUCAUUCCAUCUUGUUCGAGUUCAACAUCAAGACGUCGUCGUAGAGCCAAUGGUGGCAGUUCCUUAGCUAAAGAAAGACAUAGAGAAGCAUAA